UUACACUUUUGUCAAAACCCUAUACUUCUUUUUUGCUCUUCUUAUCCAAACAGAUAAGGCCAAGAUGGCCAUGUUUGGAGAAGCAAUCAUUGAGAACAACAAUCAUGAAGAAGUAGUGUCUGAAAAGAAGCAAAAUGAAAGAUCGACCAAAGAACAAGAACAACAAGAAAAGAACAAGAACAAGAAGAUGAAGAAGAAGAAGAAGAGAAAGGUGAAAACAAAGGGUUCAUGGUUUAAGCUCUUCUUCUUUGCAGAUGCAUGGGAUUGCACUCUCAUGGCCUUUGGCUUUGUUGGAGCUUGUGUUCAUGGAGCUUCUCUUCCUGUCUUCUUUCUUUGUUUUGGAAAGCUCAUUAAUGUCUUUGGUGCUGCUUAUCUUUUCCCUACUUCCAUCUCCACCCAAGUUUCCAAGUAUUCUCUUGAUUUUGUUUACUUGGGAAUAGUCAUCCUCUUCUCAGCUUGGAUAGAGGUUGCAUGUUGGAUGUAUACUGGAGAAAGACAAGUAGCGAAGAUGAGAAUCGAAUAUCUACAAUCAUUAUUGUGUAGAGAUAUUGCAUUUUUCGACACUGAAACCUCGACCGGAGAAGUUAUCGCCACCAUCACUAGCGAUGUUAACGUUAUACAAGAUGCAAUCGCCGAAAAGAUAGGGAAGAUUGUGCACUGUAUGAGCCGCUUCGUCGUGGGUUCUGCAAUCGGAUUCAUUCACAUUUGGCAAAUAAGCCUUGUUACACUGUCUGUUGUUCCCUUGAUUGCAGUUUCUGGUGCCAUAUUUGCUUAUGCCACUGCUGUUUUUGUUGCCAAAGUGCGGAAAUCUUGUGUUGAGGCCGGAGAGAUUGCAGAGGAGGUGAUCGGAAACAUCCGCACUGUUCAAGCGUUUGUAGGAGAAGAGAAAGCUGUGAAGUCAUACAUGAAUGCGCUCUCAAAAACUUACAGAUAUGGGAUCAAGGUUGCUUGGGCCAAAGGUCUCGGACUGGGUUCUGUGUAUGGUGUGCUGUCUUGUUCAUGGGCAUUGCUUAUCUGGUUCACCAGUGGUAUUGUUCACAAGGGCAUUUGCAAUGGGGCAGAAGCAUUCACCACAAUCAUCAUUGUCUUUGUGGCUGGCUUGUCACUAGGACAGGCAGCAUCAAACAUCUCAGCAGUCAUCAAGGCCAAAGCAGCAGCAUACCCCAUCUUGGAGAUGAUAGAGAGGAAUGCGUUUAACAAAGCAUGCAAAGUCUCUGGAGAUACUUUGGAUCAAGUGGAUGGGCACAUUCAGCUAUGCGACCUGUGUUAUAGCUAUCCUUCAAGGCCUGAUGUCCUUAUCUUUGAUGGGCUUACUCUGGACAUCCCGGCAGGGAAAAUUGUCGCACUUGUUGGUGGGAGUGGUUCUGGAAAGAGUACAAUCAUCUCCUUGAUUGCACGUUUUUACGAACCUCUCUCUGGAUGUAUACUCCUGGAUGGCCAUGACAUCAAGAGGUUAGAGCUGAAAUGGCUGAGGCAACAGAUUGGGUUGGUUAACCAAGAGCCUGCUCUUUUUUCCAUGAGCAUCCGUGAGAACAUCCUCCAUGGAAAGGAAGACGCUACUUUGGAGGAGAUCUUUCGUGCUACUGCACUAUCAAAUGCCAAGUCGUUCAUCGACAACCUUCCUGAUAAAUACGAGACACAGGUUGGUGAACGCGGAAUCCAACUAUCAGGAGGACAGAAGCAGCGGAUUGCAAUUGCAAGAGCAAUUCUCAAGAACCCCAGAAUCCUCCUCCUUGAUGAAGCCACUAGUGCGCUUGAUGCAGAGUCGGAGAAGAGCAUACAAGAGGGGCUUAACUGUGCAAUGGUGGGAUGCACGACGGUGAUAGUGACACAUCGUCUGUCAACAAUUAGGAAUGCAAAUGUAAUUGCAGUUGUCCAACAUGGGAAGAUUGUGGAGAUUGGAACACAUGAUGAGCUCAUGCUUGACCCACAGAGCACCUAUCGAUCACUAAUUCAGUUUCAAGAAUCUGGUUCUGUGCAAGGGUCAUCAGUCAUUGGACAUUCUAAAAGAGGCUCUGAUAGACAGUUUCACAGUUUCUGCUCUGAUAAGGAUUCCUUUAACUAUUAUCAUUUGGAGGCAACUGAGAAACUGAAAGUGAAGUCUGUUUCUCUCAGAAGACUGUAUUCCCUGGUUGCUCCUGAUUGGAUCUUUGGUAUGUUUGGCACCAUUGGUGCCUUUGUGACUGGUGCUCAGAUGCCAUUAUUAACAUUUUGGAUGACACAGGCUCUUGUUGCCUACUACAUGGACUGGGAGAGCACCCAGAGGGAGAUAAGGAAGAAUGUUUUCCUUUUCUGUGGUGCUUCUCUUUCUAUCUUGGUCUUUCAUACAGUGCAGCAUGUCAACUUUGGGAUCAUGGGCGAGAGACUUGCUCUCCGUGUCCGCGAGAAGAUUUUUAGAGCUAUUCUACAAAAUGAGAUUGGAUGGUUUGAUGAUACUAGUCAUACCAGCACAUUUCUGUCGUCUUGUCUAGAAACUGAUGCAACUCUGCUUCGAACGAUAGUUGUUGAUCGCUCUCAUAUUCUUCUACAUAAUGCUGGAUUGAUCACAACAUCAUUCGUCAUCACUUUCAUGUUAAAUUGGAGGUUGACUCUCGUAAUCGUGGCCACCUUUCCAUUUUUAAUCGGUGCAAAUAUUAGUGAGCAAUUUUUCUUAAGAGGAUUUGGUGGCGAUUUCAGCAAGACUUAUUUGAAACCUAACAUGCUUGCUGCAGAGGCUGUGAGCAACAUUCGCACAGUUGCAUCAUUUUGCUUGGAAGAUAAAGUUCUGAAAGUAUAUGCCAGUGAGCUGGAUGAACCUGCUAGGCGCUCUCACCGACGUGGCCAUAUCACAGGCAUUGUCUAUGGUUUCUCUCAGUUCUGUCUCUUCUCCUCUUAUGGCCUGGCAAUGUGGUACAGCUCAGUAUUGAUAGCCAAAGAACUUAUCAGCUUCCUAUCUGUCAUUAGAUGCUUUAUGGUCUUGAUUAUUACUGCAUUUGCCGUGGCAGAGGCCUUGGCAUUGUUCCCAGAUAUUAUCCAAGGGAAUCAGAUGGUGGAAUCAAUUUUUGAAUUGAUGGACAGGAGCAGUGGGGUGGUGAGCGACACAGGGGUUGAUGCGGGAAAUAUUAGUGGGAUGGUUGAGCUGAAGGGAGUGGAGUUUUGCUACCCUUCAAGGCCAGGUGAUAUGAUCUUCAGAGAUUUGGAUUUGACAGUGAAUUCUGGGAAAACCAUGGCAUUGGUUGGGAUGAGUGGCUCCGGGAAGAGCACGGUUCUUUCUCUUAUUCUUAGAUUCUAUGAUCCCACUGCAGGGAAAGUUAUGAUUGAUGCUAGAGAUAUCAGGGAGUUUAAACUGCAGUCCCUUCGGAACCGCAUCGGUCUUGUUCAACAGGAGCCUGCUCUAUUUGCAACAACAAUAUACGAAAACAUCUUUUAUGGCAAGGAUGAUGCAUCAGAGGCAGAGAUUAUCGAGGCCGCGAAGAUCUCAAAUGCGCAUUCUUUCAUUAGUGCCCUCCCAGAAGGCUACUCAACCAAGGUUGGAGAGCGUGGCAUCCAACUCUCCGGUGGACAAAAGCAACGUAUCGCCAUUGCUAGAGCCAUCAUCAAGAACCCCGCCAUUUUGCUUCUCGACGAGGCUACGAGUGCGCUCGAUGUUGAAUCAGAAAACAUUGUCCAACGGGCACUCGAUAAUGUCAUGCAAGCGAGAACUACAAUCAUGGUUGCGCAUCGGUUAUCGACUGUGCAGAAUGCUGAUAUCAUAUCAGUUUUGCAAGAUGGGAAGAUCAUUGAGCAGGGGAACCAUAAGACUCUUGUAGAGCAUAGAAAUGGAGCUUAUUACAAGUUGAUCAGCUUACAGCAACUAAACCAUGAAUAGAACAAAGAUAAUUCUCAUGUUUUUGUUUCUGUUUUUCAUUUCAUUUACACCAUGAAAGAUCUCUAGGUAAGAAUCUUUUUUUUUUUUUUAAUAAAUAACUAAAUAAAUGUCCAUAGCUUCAGUUAGCAAAAUGCUGAUGAAGCUAAAACUAUUGAUGUUUUCUGCCUGUUUGGAACUAAUGAUAAGGUUUCAUUAAUAUUAA